CAAUAGGCAAUGCUUUUGCAGUUCUAAGCAACCCUGAAAAACGAUUACGAUACGAUGAAUUCGGAAGUGACCAAGAGCAUGUCAGCACUGGCCGGGCCAGGCACUAUAAUUACUACACAGAAUUUGAAGCGGACAUUACACCAGAAGAAAUAUUCAAUGUGUUUUUUGGUGGGCACUUUCCUACAGGAAAUAUCCAUAUGUUCUCAAAUGUAGCCAGAGAUGCGCACUAUUAUCCACGGAGGCACCGAAAUGAAAGAGCAUGGACGCAGGAGCAAGAGGAGGAAGAAAACAGGCCACAGAAUUCAUAUUCUGCAUUUAUUCAGUUGAUGCCAGUUUUCAUAAUAAUAGUAGUGUCAGUUAUAACUCAGCUGAUGGCUACAAACCCACCCUACAGCCUAUUCUACAAAUCGUCCAUAGGCCAUGUUAUUAGUAGAGAAACAGAGAACUUGCAGGUGCCUUACUAUGUUGAUAAAAACUUUGAAAAGAAUUAUCAAGGAGCAGAACUUCAAGAGCUAGAGAAAACCAUUGAAAAAGAUUACAUAGACUAUAUUCAGACCAGCUGCUGGAAGGAGAAACAGCAAAAGUCUGAUUUGUCAAAUUUGGCCAAGCUGUACAGAGAUGAGCGGUUAAAACAGAAAGCAGAAUCACUGAAACUUGAGCACUGUGAGAAGCUCUCCAGUCUGAUUGGAAUGCACAAAGGGGGCUGACCAGGACACACACGUUCUGUAGUUUUAUUUAUUGCUGUUUUAACUUAUGUUUUUAUUUUCCUUUGUAUAAAAAGGGAAGGAGUCUAUUGUAAAGAGUCUGAACAUUCGGUUUCUUCUGUAUAUAGUGCAGAGAUGGGCCAACACAAGCUGCAGAGCUUGUGUUCGCUGUAAUAUACUGUACACUAUAUUUGGUUCCAAGGACCAGUGGCACUUUGUAAAUUAAUUCCUUGGGAAACGCUGUUAGUUUGGAACCUGUCUUCAUUGGUAGUUUGUCUGCCAUCCAAACAGUAUAUACUUCCCAGGAGAGCAGACAAAUGUCUUCGCUUUCUGUAUUU